GGACGCGCCAGUCUCGAUUGGAGAUGGGUUUUCUUUCAGUGGAGGAAAAUAUUCAGAUGGACCUAGUCGAUCCGAUGAAUGGUUUGCUCAGGGGAAAAUGUGUUUUAGAUCAAAGCUCAUCCUGUAUAUGGAGGCAAAGGGAAAGCAAAGGAUCCAAUAUUUGGUCUUACAAUGGGUGCUGGUUCGCAAUCCCCAGCCGAUGUUUUCAGAUGGUUCUGCAUCGAGAAGGGAAGCUCUGCAAAUCCUUUGGUCAUUUUAAUUCAUGGUUUUCCGUCACAAGCAUACUCGUAUCGCAAAGUUCUUACUGUACUGUCUGAAGAUUAUCAUGCCAUUGCUUUUGAUUGGCUUGGUUUUGGAUUUUCAGAUAAGCCUCAGCCAAAAUUUGGUUUUGACUAUACUUUGGAUGGUAGACAUUAUAAACCACAAUUAUAUUAUGCUUCAUCUCUGGAGUCACUUGUCAAUGAAAUGGCUCCUGAUAAGCUUUCUCUUGUUGUUCAGGGUUAUUUUGCUCCUGUAGUUGUAAAGUAUGCCAGUUGUCAUCAAGAGAAACUGAGAGAUCUUGUUCUCAUCAAUCCCCCUUUGAUGGAGAAACAUGCAAAGUUGCCAUCAACAUUGGCCCUAUUCAGCAACUUCUUGUUGGGCGAAAUAUUCUCCCAGGAUCCCCUCAGGGCUAGUGACAAGGCUUUGACCAGCUGUGGACCAUAUAUGAUGAAAGAGGAAGAUGCCAUGGUUUACAGAAGACCUUACCUUACAUCUGGUUCCUCUGGUUUCGCACUAAACGCAAUAAGUAGAGCCAUGAAGAAGGACUUAAAGGCAUAUGUUGGAACCAUGAGGACGAUACUUACCAAUAAAUCGUGGAAAACUAAUACAACAAUAUGUUGGGGGUUGAGAGAUCGUUGGCUAAGUUAUGACGGCGUCGAAGAUUUUUGCAAGGCCUCAAAUCAUAAACUAGUGCAGCUGCCUAUGGGUCAUACCCCAAUGCAUGUUGGUUAUUUAAUACGCUGUGUAUACAAAGGAUAUACAAGAUGGAAUAUAUUCUAUGACAAGCUCAGAGUAUCUUACAGAUCGAAUUUUGCUGCUGGCAUAUUCAGAUGGGCUCCUCCACAACCGUAUUAUCAGUCAGAGGAUACAUCUCAGAGCCAGAACUUCUGCGAGAGAUCCAAAAAUGCUUAUAAUCCGGUGCGCGUUUCUUAUGGGAUGAACAUACAAAACUACAACGCUGCUUAGUUAGAAGUGUGGGCUGAUGUGCCUUCUGACUAUGCUCAUAAUCCGGAUAUCUACAAGAGGCAUCGCCACUCGAUCCAAUUUUAGAUAUCGGCAGGUCAUCAUGUACAAGAGGAUUCUGGUGAAGAACUUGGAAGGAUCAUAGCAGAGAUUAUCAGCAAAAGCAAAUAAGUUGCCAUGAUUUUGAUCCUCUCUCUCUCUCUCUCUCUCUCUCUCGCUCUCGCUCUCUCUCAUGUGGAACUUUAAAAUCUUGACAGACCAAAAGUUAAGCACUGAGCAGCUUCAGCAAUGUAAAGGUGAUGCAUAGUUAGUGGGGUUUAGCGAACUAAUAAACCUUGAUGAUGGUGAUGUUUACCUAGCAAACAAGAUCUGGAAUCUUGAUCAUGGGAGAUUUGCUCCGCUGAAAGUUCAGCCACCCAUUGUGGAAAGCAAUAUUUAUAUUUGAAUCUCCAUCCCUUGGUUUCAGGUUCAAUGUAAGGAAAAAUAUUGGGACAUGGAAACUCCUUUAAAAGUUCUGUGGGCAGUAGAAAGUUAGUGGAACCAAGUAGCAACCGUAACUUUAUGGUUUGUUUAUCACUUUGUUUCUGGUAGAUCAGUGGAGCUAUCACUAGGGAAAGUAAUCGCUCUUUUCUUAUCUGUUUAAUUGGUUAUUGGAUUAGUGACAUGGUACGAAUGUCGGAGGAUCCUUCCAAGAGGGCUGAAAAAGGUGGAAAAAGCACCAUUCAAGCAUUUUAUUCAAUUUGACUUCUCCCAAAAGCAUGCAUGCUAAAUGGAGAUGGAUCCCAUUAUAUGGGUGGAAUCCCUAUACUAUUUUAAUAUGUUCAGCAAAACUUUUCAACUCCAUUGAUGUGCAAAACUACAAUUAUUUUUGAUGUUAUAAAAGCAUUUUAAGUUCUCUUUGAACAAA